ACGUUAGUUCCGGAACAAACAGGAAAAGUAGCUGCGAAGCGUCUUCUGGGAUUUACAAGGAUAUUUCAUUCCAACCCAACGCGCAUUUCAAAGACCAUCAUGGCAGAUGAGGGUAAAUGUAACAAACUGCUGCAACCAAGGGUCUCUGAUCUCAGGAAGAACAAAAAGAGAAAUAACGCUUCUCCAACCGAUUCAAAACUAAAAGAGAAUCCUGGGAGUUUAUCUCCAAUAUCCCAGCUGCCUCCUCAAGAUCCAGGUCAAACUCAGCUUUCCAAGUUCAGGGCUACGGGUACGAAACCCAAGGAUAAUUUCUCUCGGGGUGCCGGGAAGGCAAAAGAACGACAAAAGGAUGCAAAGAGCCACCUGCCAGCCUCUCAUACAAUCAGCAACAACAAAGUUCCUGCACAUCUAAUGAAGGCUGCCGUCCAGGCCCUGGACAGCCUGAGGUGGGAAGGAGCGCUGCCGGACCCGCAGGAGGAAGAGAAAAGACUAGAGCGCUACAGAGCCAAGAGGCGACAGCGGUACAUCACACACAGAGAGGCUCUGCUGAAAGAAGCCCAGUAUGCCAUGAGAAAAACAGAAAUGAAGACCAAAUGAACCAAAUGAACACCAUCAGGAUCCACAGGCGGCUCACAAAUUAACUCUGACUUACUUACAAGCUGUAGGUUCAGUUCUGCUUUUUUUGCCAUGCAAUAAAAAUAAUAACAGCAACUCAUCCUUCUGAAAAUCUUAAUUGAGGAUUUUACUCCUUUUACCCUUAAAGGAAAGUAUUACAAGAUGGACAUUUAAAAUCAGUGUAAAGGCAUAUUCAAGUUAAGUGGCUGAUUAAGACCUCCACACCACUAGAGGGCCCCAAGAGCACCAAACUAGCAUCAUAAUGUAUGUAUAUGUAUAUACUGUAUGUCUAAUAAUAUAAACUAAAUUCUGUUA